AUGUGGAUUUAUACUUUUAAACUGGAUAUUGAAGAAGAAAAAUUAGAUGGAUUUGGAUUGGUUUUUGUGUCCCUUCCGUCAGGCGUGUUGCGGCACCUGCACUCCCUGGCGGCCCUCAACCUGGAGGACAACCUGCUGCAGGAGCUCCACUAUGACGACUUCCUGGGCCUCAACGACACACUAAACUCACUCUCCCUUCUCAACAACCGACUCACACGCUUCCCAACCCGUGCUCUGAGCACUCUGACCCAGCUCAAGGUGCUGGACGUUGGGUUCAACAUGAUCCCCGAGGUCCCAGUGAGGGCCUUCCAGGACCUGCGGGCCCUGACGCUGCUGGCCCUGGACGGUAACCCCAUCACCACCCUCCCUGAGGAGGCCCUGGCGCCCCUCGCCUCCUCCCUCAGGGGCCUCUCCCUAGGUGGUGAGUUCCUGCAGUGUGACUGCAGAGUGUCGUGGGUGUCACAGUGGAUGAACAAGAGCCACUUGCGAGUAACUUCCCGGGGAGUCAACCCUCAGUAUUGUGGCCGCCCUCCUGAGUACCGCAACCUCUCCCUCCACCACUUGAGUUACAAGGACUUCUACUGCAACACCACCUUGGCUCUCCCCACCACCUCCACACCUGUCCUUCCCAUUACCUUCCCCCCUACAACACCAUCCUUGUCCCGCCCCCUUGUCACCACAACCCUGCCACCGACCACCGUACAACCACAGAUAACGUUAAUCCAUCCUGAUAACGAGGGCAUGGGAAGUGUGGACCCCAGUGUGGCCAGGACAGGCGGCGGGGACCCCAGUGUGGCCAGGACAGGCGGCGGGGACCCCAGUGUGGCCAGGACAGGCGGCGGGGACCCCAGUGUGGCCAGGACAGGUGGCGGGGACCCCAGUGUGGCCAGGACAGGCGGCGGGGACCCCAGUGUGGCCAGGACAGGUGGCGGGGACCCCAGUGUGGCCAGGACAGGUGGCGGGGACCCCAGUGUGGCCAGGACAGGUGGCGGGGACCCCAGUGUGGCCAGGACAGGCGGCGGGGACCCCAGUGUGGCCAGGACAGGCGGCGGGGACCCCAGUGUGGCCAGGACAGGCGGCGGGGACCCCAGUGUGGCCAGGACAGGCGGCGGGGACCCCAGUGUGGCCAGGACAGGUGGCGGGGACCCCAGUGUGGCCAGGACAGGCGGCGGGGACCCCAGUGUGGCCAGGACAGGCGGCGGGGACCCCAGUGUGGCCAGGACAGGCGGCGGGGACCCCAGUGUGGCCAGGACAGGCGGCGGGGACCCCAGUGUGGCCAGGACAGGCGGCGGGGACCCCAGUGUGGCCAGGACAGGCGGCGGGGACCCCAGUGUGGCCAGGACAGGUGGCGGGGACCCCAGUGUGGCCAGGACAGGUGGCGGGGACCCCAGUGUGGCCAGGACAGGUGGCGGGGACCCCAGUGUGGCCAGGACAGGCGGCGGGGACCCCAGUGUGGCCAGGACAGGUGGCGGGGACCCCAGUGUGGCCAGGACAGGCGGCGGGGACCCCAGUGUGGCCAGGACAGGUGGCGGGGACCCCAGUGUGGCCAGGACAGGUGGCGGGGACCCCAGUGUGGCCAGGACAGGCGGCGGGGACUCCAGUGUGGCCAGGACAGGUGGCGGGGACUCCAGUGUGGCCAGGACAGGCGGCGGGGACCCCAGUGUGGCCAGGACUCCUCCGAUCUUCAGUGUUCCCUCAGAGCUGCUCCCCGCCAGGUCCCAGGUGCGGCUAGACCGUCCUGCCUCUCAGCCUGUGCCUUCAGCGACACUCAGACCGCCCCUGGUGCUCAGGAGCAGCCCAGCACCGCCCCUGGUGCUCAGGAGCAGCCCAGCACCGCCCCUGGUGCUCAGGAGCAGCCCAGCACCGCCCCUGGUGCUCAGGAGCAGCCCAGCACCGCCCCUGGUGCUCAGGAGCAGCCCAGCACCGCCCCUAGACACCUUCCUCGGUGGUGCCCAAGCUCAACGGCCCGACCACCACCACAUGCUUGAGCGUGAGGUGAGGGUGCAGGAGGCGUACCGACACGACCACUCAGUCGUCAUCCGCUGGAGUACCGAGGACUCUCACUCCCAGGGCUUCAGGGUCGUCUACAGGCUCUUCGGGGACACCAACUUUAAGGUGGGACCCCCGCUGUCGUGGUUGGAGCGAGAGUUCAAGAUCAAGAACGUGCCGGCGCAUGAGUGUCUGGUCGUGUGUGUGGUCACCCUCCACCACCUGCCCCUCACUCCUUACACAGUGACACCAUCACAGUGCCGAGAGAUACAGAUGACACUGACGUCAACCACCCACAUGGACACCAUCAUCAUAGCGGCGUCGGCCGCCAUCUGUGGCACAGUGAUCCUGGCCGUGACGGCCUUCAUCUGCUGCAGCAGGGGCCAGGGCGGCCAGCAGGCCCAGCAGGGGGACCCGGCCAUACUGAGCCCUGGCUCUCCACCCCUGGCCUCCCUGGGCACGCUGGGCAGGGGCACCAGACCUGACUGGGACAGUGUCUCCAUGUACUCACAGAGGUCCAUUCCCAGAGCCCGGAUGUAUCACAUGGAGAAAGGUUCCGUCAACAACGGGUUCGUGUCGGAGGACGCGAGGUCGCACAUCUCUCAAGCAUCGCUACGUCACCCUUCACGGUCUCACUCCGUGGCCGGAGGUCACAGGUCAUACUCGGCCCUGGCUGCUACUUCAACCCACGCCUUCAUGCCAGCACUCCACCUCACUACACAAGAACUCAGCAUGUCGCAGGGGUCGCUGGGCUCCCCGCAGCUGGGUGCUGGGAGGCUACAGUCCCUGCCUGUCAGCCCCAGCCAGGUCUGGCUGGGCGCUCCGGUCACCUCCACUGCCGCCAGAAGGUUUACCAGAGCCAAGUCUUCCCGCAGCGAGAGUCGCCAUCAGAGGUCCAAGUCGGGUGAGCGCUCUACCUCGCGACACAGUCAUGCGGGGUCCUUGCGGCACAGUCAUGCGGGGUCCUCGCGACACAGUCAUGCAGGGUCUGCCCACUCCUUAACAGGCUACGACACUGACGGCUGCACAGACCAUGACAUGGAUAUCUACAUCGCAAGAAAUCCUACUCGAGGGGGGCUUGUUCAACUGUAGACCAGAUCUCUGAUCAAACUAAGUUCUAGCGAAAGAAUCUUUUGGUGUGUAUCGAGUACAAAGGGCAGGGUUGUAAGAGCCGUCCGGGACCAGGGUAAUGGGGCCGUCCAGGAUCAUGGCUGAUGAAACAAACUUCCUCCUGGACGAUUGUCGUUGUGCAGGUUUGGGUCAAGAAAAGAUGGCUCUCUUCAGUUAAUUGGGAAUUGAUGUUAAAUAGGUACAGGCCACAACGUCA